AUGGAAGCCGAACCGACCAGCGAGCGCCAUGCGCUCAUUGACGUCGACAGCGAUCAAGCCCCCAGCAUGGACCAGUCUAUCGACGACUACUUUAUCAUCAAGCAAGACGUCAGCCUCGAAGUCAACUUCCUCGAACGACGAAUCGACGGGACGACAGAUAUUUUCAUUGCCGUCCUCAGCGAUAAGGUCGAGGAGGUGGCAUUGGAUGCCGCUCAUUGCGAUAUCAAUACAGAUGGAAUAAUCAUUACGGAUCUGCGCGAAGCUCAUGGCGAGAUUGUCGAAGGACACAAACGGAAGGCCACGACCACGUACAAGGAUCCAUAUCAACUAUUGAGCCACCCAAAGAAUUGGAACUGGACCGCCGAGCAUCACGAUCUUCGACGCAUGCGCGCUCGACAGGUGUUCCAUAGCCGCAAGAGCGAUGUGCCCGCUGAUAAUAGAGAGGUCAAGGGUUGCACGCCAGCUUAUGGCUCCCUCAGAAUCGGUUUAAAAGGGAAAGGGGACCAGGACCGCCCGAGGCUGAUAAUUAGGAAGUCGAUGAUAGGGCUCGACGGUUCAUCGCCGAGCUUGCACAGGCAAUACAAAAUUACGAUCCCAUUUACCAAUACGGCACCGCGGGAUGGGCUGCAGUUUGUCGGUGUCGAUCCUCUGGACAAUCGGUUCACCCACAUGUACACUCGUCACACCAUACACCCGGGCACAGCAUCCUGCAUAUUUCCUUGCAUGGAUGACCAUGGGGCAAGAUGUGAUUGGAAGGUUUCUUUUAAGUUUCCGCGAACUCUUGGUGAUGCCCUCCAAAAACCCCUGGCGUCGAAUCUCAACGGCGUAAGCCAUGCCAGCGUGACCAAGAUGGAUAUUGAUGACGGUGACCGAGGGUCGGAUCUAUCUGAGGAGGACAAGUUGAGAGAGAUGACGGUCAUAUGCUCGGGGUUUCUGGUGGAAGAAAACAUCGACCCGAAGGACGACCGGAAAAAGAUCAUGACAUUCGAGCCGGAGAAGAAGACUUCAGUUCAAAAGUUGGGGUUUGCCAUAGGGCCCUUUGAACACGUCGAUUUAUCUGCCGAGUUUCGCACAGAGGAGGAUGAAGUGAAGCUCGGACUCAAUGCUCUUCGCGUCCAUGCCUAUUGCUUACCGUAUCGACGUGAAUGGGUACGCAACACUGCCGCUGCCCUGACCAUGGCUGCAGAUCAUUUGACCUACACAUUCGCGAAGUACCCGUUCAGCAAUUUCAAGCUUUGUUUCCUGGAUGACAUGGUGGAGGAGACAGUACCUCUCCAUUCUCUAGCUUUCAUUAGCACACGCCUCCUCUUCCCGGAAGAUAUCAUUGAUACGGAUGUUGAUGUCACGCGCAAAAUUGUCUUCACUCUGGCAUAUCAGUGGAUUGGAAUCAAUAUGAUCCCCAACACACGAAAUGAUCUGUGGCUCGUGAUGGGCGUUGCUCAUUACAUGACUGAUAUUGUCAUGAGAAAGCUUUGCGGUAACAAUGAACACCGAUUUCGAAUGAAAACGAUGUCAGAUAGGCUUGUUGAAGCCGAUAUUGAUCGACCAUCACUUUGGGAUCUGGGUGCGAACCUUCAUCUCGGUGAUUUCGAAAUGGACUUCAUGUCCUUGAAGGCCCCCGUUGUGUUCUUUAUUUUGGACAAGAGACUAAACAAGGCAUCCGGAGGUCACGGGCUGACUCGAAUCCUGCAAAAGCUUCUGACGAAAGCUCAAAUCGAGAGCAGCGAUAGAUCUACUAUUCUUGACACAGAAAAAUUCAGAGCUACCUGUGAGAAACCAACUAGAACACGUCUUGAAAGCUUCUGGAGCCAGUGGGUCUACGGCUCUGGGUGCCCUCGAUUUGAUGUCAAGGCCAAGUUCAACAAGAAGCGCUUAUGCGUUGAGUUGACUCUGAAUCAGAUUCACUUGCAAGUAAUCGAGCAAGACAGACCAGGUCUGGAAAGGGACACCUUCUUGAGAGCCAUUAGGGAGCGACGGGCGGGCACCGUCAUCGGGGAGCUACAGCCUCUCUACACGGGCCCUAUGACUGUUCGAAUUCACGAGGCUGACGGCACACCUUAUGAACAUAUACUUGAAAUUCGGGAGGACGCUACAAGGUCCACCAAGUUCGAGAUUCCCUAUAAUACGAAAUAUAAGCGGUUGAAACGAACACGGCGGCUGAAAGAGAAGCAUGCAGGUGGUGCUAAUGCAGACGCAGCUGAUGGAGCUGAUGAUGCCUUGUUAUACUGCCUUGGAGAUGUUCUUCAGACGCCCGAGGACCAGAAGCAAUGGGAACUGAUCGAUUGGGAUCCGGAGACGGAGCGCAAGAUGGACCAAGAAUCCUACGAAUGGAUCCGUGUCGAUGCCGACUUUGAGUGGGCUGCUGGUAUGAAGCACACCCUUGAGCCGUACAUGUACGUGUCACAGCUGCAACAAGACAGGGACGUGGUGGCUCAACAAGAUGCCAUGCUUUACCUGGCGAGCGGUCCACUGCAUCCCAUCGCGUCUGGUUUUCUGGUUCGAACCCUGAUUGAUAGACGCUACUUCCAUGGGAUCCGUGCGAUGGCUGCCAAAGCCUUGACGAGACAGGCCAACAUCAAAGACCUUCCAAUGCUCGGAUUGCGACAGCUUAUGAUGGCGUAUCGCGAAAUGUUUUGCUUUGAAAACACAAGCCAGCCCAAGCCGAAUGAUUUCACCAACAAGCAGCAAUACAAUGUUCGUGCAUCCAUCAUCCAAGCUAUUGCUGAUGUGAGGGAUCAGACACAUCGCUGCCCACUGGAAGCUCGGCAGUUCAUUCUCGACCAGCUUCUCUUUAAUAACAACGAAGAGAAUCCUGUGUCCGACCACUACUGGAUCGCCACUCUGGUUGACGCUCUUGCAACUUCUCUCAUUCCAUCUCAAGCCGAUGAUUGGCUGACCCGCCAAAGUGCUCCGAAUGAAGAUGAGCGUCGGUUUUUGGAGUCGGCAUUGGAACAGAUUGAGCGCGUCCUUAGGCGGGACGAGUGGACAAACUCUUACCAAAAUGUCUGGACAAUUGCGGGCCUCGAUGCGAAACUACGCCUGAUGAAAGCAGAAGUCAUUCCCAAGAACUAUGCCGACUUUGGGCAGUAUCUCUUGGAUGGCACAGCCGACCAGAUCCGUGUCAAAUGCUUCGAGGCCCUGGUGGACUUGGGUGCGAUCAUGGAUCAUUCGGUCUUCACCUUUCUACUUUACGUCCUGUCUACUGAUCGUUCACCUUUUGUUCGGAACAAGCUGAUCCAGGCCGCUGCUCGUGGCCUUGCAGCAGUUGCUUUUGGAGAACAUGAGAAGGCGGAGCAGAAACGUCCGGCUGAUCAGGAUCUGGAUUCGGGACUUGUGGUUCAGGAUAGUGGCCAAGAAAUCGAAGCUCGGAAGGAGAAGUUUGCUCGAAAGCAGAAUCUGGACGCAGCUCUGUUGGCUUUGCGAAAGGAGAUGGAUGAAACUUUCGCUGCCGACGAGAGGUAUUACUCUACAGCUAUGCGCAAAGCUCUUGAUCAUCCAACCCUCGGCCGUGCUGAUGUAGAGAGUCUUCUUGAUCUGGCUGCAAUGAUGUUUGACGAGGCCCGCGAUUGGAUCGUGACGCUGAAUAUGCCCAAGGGCUGGAAGGUUGAGAGGCCAGCACAGCAACUUGCUGACCGGUUCAACAUGGUAUUCAAGUCUUACUAUAAGACAAAGCCCAAGGAACCUUUCGUUGCUACUCCAGCGCCCGAACCAAAGCGACCCGUCACGUUGACCAAGACCUCAUCAAUUAAGAUCAAUACAAAAACGGCCGGGACACCAAAGCCAUCUCAACCUCCACCGGUAGAGAAUGGGCGCCCGGCAGCGUCAACACCUGUGUCUCGUGCCCCAAGCGUGAGCACCUCACAUACAAUUAGCAACCCAGACUUAUCUUCUCAGACGUCAACAACUGUCAAGAGACCUCGGCCAGAUAAGGAAGAGCCCACCGCGACACCUGUUGCAAAGCGUCCCAAGAUGGACAUCUAUAAGAAUGGCACCGCGCACACGGCUUCGAAUGGACCUCCACGGAAACGACUUAUGGUCCUUCUGAAGGCGAGGCCCAAGCGGCUUGCCUUGGCUCUGGGUCUUUUACAACCCUCCCAGCAUAGGACUGGGUUGCCCUCGGGCCCCAAGAAAGAAGCGUCUCCUGAUGGUAUAAGGGAUAGUAUCAUUGCCAAACCGAGGAAGCCACUUCCGACAGGGGGAGAAGCACCUAGAAAACCAUUACCGGGGAGCGGCUCUUCAGCCAUACCGGCCAUGCAAAAGAAGUUUGGUGGACGUAGUGCCUCGCCUGCGCCAUCAAGACCUGCACCAUCACCGUCACCCUCAAUAGCAACACCAGGCAGCACCCCGGUCCGUCCCAAAAUUAAGAUUAUAAGAAAGCCCCAGCCUCCGCCUGCCGCCCAGCCGCCACCUUGA